AUGGCCAGAUCGAAAGCCAACAGAGCGGCUCCAGCUGAACAGCAGGCGAGCCAGCCUGAGCCAAGCCACCAAAACGAGGCACAAGCGACAGGCCAGGCCGACAAUUUGAAAAAUGACAUUCGAAAGGACGUGCGAAUGAAUAUGGUGAUGAGGGGUAACAUUGACAGGGAGGAAAUAAUUUCGAGAUAUGUCGAGGAAUAUCCUGAGAAAGCAGAUUGGAUCCGAGAUAUUGUGGUUGGAUAUGCGGUGGUGCUUGAAGACAAGGCUGCAAAAAAGGCUGCCGACUCAUCGAAGCCUGAGCCUGAGCAGAUAGAACCACCAAAGCCAGAGGCAGAGCCUACGUCUGGUGGCUCUGCUCCCGCAACUGAUCCUACACCAGGAGUCAACCAAAAGAAGAAAGAAAAGAAAAAGGACAAGCUCAAGGAAAAGAAGAAAGAGAAGGAGUCAGCCCAGAGCUUUAAUAAUUCUGGAAGUGAGAAGGCCCAGCCAAAGCAGAUUCCAGAAUCGAAGCAGUCGAAGCAGCCGAAGCAGCCAAAAUUCGAACAUCCAGUGUCCGAUACUAAGCCGCAGGAAGAGCCAUUACUAAAGCACCCGAAGGCGAAGAAACCCAAGAAAUCAAAAGAAAACAAAAAUAUAGCAUCGGAACCAACUCUGGAAAAAGAACAAAAAGCGGAAGCGGUAGAUGAACACGCUGACCUCGUGCAAUCUACCAAUGCAAUUCUAAAUGAUUUCAAGGAACAUUUGGCUACCCAGCGCCUGACUUCGGAUGAAAAUAAUAUUCCGCGUAUAUCAAGGACACCGGAUUUGGAGCGUCAGCUUCAGUUCCUGAGUAUCGCCGAUGAGAAUUCGAGUUCUUCGGACGAAAAUCCUCGCAGCAUUGAGCAUUCGGUGCUUGUUUCACCGAUACUAGAGGACAUGGGGAACAAAAUGCCAUCUCAAUUCGGUCUCCUUGGGCACUUGGCUUCACAACGAUCUGAGGAUCUUGUUGACCCAAGAGUAAUGCUCAAUACGAACACGCCAUUUUCUGCUUUUAUCUGUGGUCUACAGGGUAGUGGAAAGUCACACACCACUUCUUGUAUAAUUGAAAACUGUUCUUUGCCAUUCCCCGCUCUUGGAGUACUGAAGAAGCCGCUGUCGACUCUUGUUCUUCACUACAACGAGUACAGCUCCAAUGUGAGCAACCAGCCUAGCGAAGCAGCGUUCCUUGCUUCUACAAUGCCCGAAUACAGCAAGAAAUUUCACAAGUCUAUUCCAGUGAGGGUGCUCACAUCGCCUUCCAAUUUUCACAACCUCGAGCAGAUGUACUCGCAAAUUCCCAGCGUUAGCGUCCACCCAUUCCGCCUGCAACCUCGCCAUUUGAACAUCGCUACGAUGCUGUCGCUUAUGUCAAUGGGCAAAAAGGAUUCCAAGCCUUUGUACAUGGCUCAAUUGACCAGAAUCUUGCGUGAAAUGGCUCUCACCAACAAAGGACGGUUCAACUACUUCGAAUUCCGCCAGCGGUUGAAGGACUUGCGUCUGGACCGGACCCAGACUCCCUUCUUGGAGCAGCGUCUAGAUUUGUUGGACUCAUUCCUUGACCUGAAAGGAGCGGACAAGACUGGCGGCGAUUACUUUGUAGAUGGUGGAGUCACAAUUCUGGACCUGUCGUGUCCAUUCAUGGACCAGGACACUGCCUGUAUUCUGUUCAGAAUUGCCAUUGAUUUAUUCCUUCAUUCUCACCCAUCUCGUGGAAAGAUGAUUGUGGCUGAUGAGGCACACAAGUACAUGACCAACACCGAGGCCGCAAACGCACUAACGGAGACAUUCCUGAACAUCAUCCGCCAACAACGCCAUCUCGGAACUCGAGUCAUCAUCUCAACCCAAGAACCAACCAUAUCCCCUCGUCUCAUCGAUCUAUGCUCUAUCACUAUUGUCCACCGCUUCUCCAGCCCAGAAUGGUAUCAAACAAUCAAGAAACAUCUUCCAAUAGACCAUAAGGACGGUUCAAACCAGGACAGCAAUAGAGAAAGCACUACUAUGGAUGCAAUGUAUGAGAUUUCAAGUCUUCGUACCGGUGAAGCACUGGUGUUUGCGCCCUCAGCACAUCUUCUGGACGGUCACCAGGAGGUGAUGGAUGUCAAGCAUAGGGUGUUUAAGAUGGUUAUUCGAAAGCGGGUUACUUGGGAUGGUGGUCAGACCAUCAAGGCUGUUCGGUGA